AUGAGUACGACUAGGACUGUAGACUGUAGUAGGCAUGGGUUGUGGCGUAUGGGAGCACCGACCUACCUCAACACUUUGUAUGCUUCGCCUUGCCUCCUCUUCCUCGCGCACGCUACCGCCUUUGUACAGCUGCUUGGACACGGCACAAGCCAUCCUCUUUGUACGACUGCAGACCAAUUAACAAUUCCAUUGUGCACGCGGAUGAAGACGGAUCGUUUUGGAACAGGAGGAGCAUGGUGA